AGCAGCAACAACAUCAGCAGCAGCAGUAGCAGCCGCAGCACGACAAUCAGCAGCAGUUGGCGUACACUACGAUGCCGGCGUGUUACUGAGCAAUGACAUGCACGCCUCUAUGACGACCAUCCUGGUGGCGUUGACCAUGCACGUGACCGGCGGCCUACCGUGGGACGUCGACGAGUACCCAAACCCGCAGCAGGAUCCGAUAGGGUGCGCGCGCAGCGGCGAACGCAGCACGUGGGUGUGCGACCCCGAUCGUCUGCUAGCCAUCGAUGAAGCUAAUCUCCUCGAUAGACAGAUCACGAAGGUAAAGAACCACACUGGAUGUCCUUGCGACGACUCCUGUACGGGACCAGGCGGCCGCCAUCACCGCGGAUUCGCCAUAGCCGUGGCGCUGGCUGAGAAAAUCAUCAGAGGAAAAGGAGAGCACGAGACAGAGAUUUUCGUUGAGAACCUGAGAAAGCUCUGGCACAUAGGCUUGUGCGGGGAGGACAUCGUUAUCUUCUUCAACGAACAGCGAGACGAGGGAUUCUCUCCUGCUUUCCUCGGCUAG